AUGUCAUCUUUGUAUGGAAGUCAGGUACCUUGGCCAGAACUUCCUCCGCCGCAAUCUGCACAGCCACGCCAAUCAUUAUUUGGAGGCCCAAGCAGUGAUGUCAGUUUGCAACCUUCUUCUCAGCCAGAACCGCCAAGAAGUUCUCUUUUUGGAGGCCCCAUCAAGGAAGAUAAUUAUUCAGAGCCUCUGUCCGAAACAGAUCCUAUGGACGAGGCGCUUGAGCAAGGCGAAAGUGAAUUUGACAUGAUAAUGCGAGAGCAGCCCUUGGAGUUCCAAGAUGACUCUGAUGACGAAAGCUACGAGGAAAAUAAUCGUGGGAGAAGUCGCAGGCGGACAAAAAAGACACAGCAGUCUCAGAAUGACCCAAUUUACUACGUAGUUGACCGAGGUCUUGACCUGCGACCUGGGGUUGAGCGUCCCAAUCUAUUUGAUGGGCAUGCCACUUCAUGGAGGAACUACAACGCCGACGAUAUUGGAGCCUAUAAUGCAAUGAUCAUUCACCGAAGCAGAGAUUUGGCGGCUCACCUUUACAAUGCCCACGCGAUUCGCAGGCGAGCCCGGGACACUGCGCGGAAGAACCCUGGAGUCGUUGAAAAAACACCACUCCAUAUGAACAAGCGAUGGGCUGCAUGGCCUGUCCAUGCAACAACAGUUCCCCGUGCCAACGAGGUCAUCCAGAGGAUAAUGGAUGACCCUGAUAGGUACCAAAUGCAACCUGAUUCCCUACCUAGUACGGAAUUAGAGGAAUGCCUCACAGCGUUCAUACUGAAGGUCUCCAAGGAGACCUUCCAAGCCCGAGAGUUGAAUUUUGAAGAAAUUGAAAAUCACUCUGCGAAUAAGCGGGACGACGAGGAUGAACUGAUGCAAGAUGAAUUGGAGAAAAAGGAGGAAGAAGAAGAAGAAGAGCCUGUCGAUACAAGAAUCCUCAGACCCACAGUCCUACUUGACGAAGACAACUCUCUUCGUCAAUUACGUCCAGUGGUCCGCAAUGUGAUCUCACAGGUAGACCGGCUGCUGUACGGGCUUCAUUGUGCUAUGAAGGGCCGCAAGUAUGAGGAAGACUCUGCUGAUGAGCAAUGGACUGAUUCGGACGAAGAAGAGCACCAGACUCGAGAGAGCCGCAACGGCAGAAGCAGAAGUCGAUCGCGUGGUCGGAGAAGUGUUCGACAGUCUCAGGAGCGUGAAACAUCACGCCGUUCCAACACUGCACACAUAUCUACUGGACUGGAGACCGGAGAUGAAAUUUUGCCAGAAGGUUCCCAAACUCGAGCGCAAUCUCGCAACUCCGCUACUGGUGAUGACGAUCAUAACGCCAAGGGCCGACUCAAAUUGCGAGACUGGAGUGAAGUUCUGGGACUGGCAUCAAUGAUGGACCUCCCCGCGGCCGCGGUAAUGCGCGCGUCAAAGCGAUGCGCCGACCUGUUCGGCGAAGAUAUGGAAUUCCGAAUAAUGCCCGAAGGAAGGGUCAGAAAGAAGAGAAAGGCAAAUGAUCGAGAGGAAUAUGCCUACACCUCAAAUGAGAGCGAUAGUGACUCAGCGCCACCAAGCCCUCAGCCAGCACCCCUACCGAUUCGCAAGCGCAAAACCAAACCCAACUCCAAAGCUAAGGUCGAAGUUGAACCAAAGACCAAACCAAAGGUGAAGAUACCAGGCCAGCGACACUCGAAGGCAUACAAGACUCCUACAUUCGUUCCUCCCUCCGCAUCCCCAUCCCCAGUCCCGGAGGCGCCGCCAGAACCCACUGCAGUGGAACCUGCUGUAGAGAUAACAGAGCAGGCCGUCGAUCAGGAGCCAAAACCGAUUAAACCAGGCGUUGGAAAGGGUCCUCAUCGGAAAGUGGACAUUGUCUGCCCUGUUAGAUCUUGCAUUCGACACAAGAAUGGGUUUUCACGAAAAUGGAACCUUAACCAACAUUUGAAGAAGGCUCAUGGUAUACAUGUUACUCCUGGGAAUGAAACCUCGACUGAGCGGGAUGAUCAGACUAUCAUGAUCGAAUAG